AUGUAUUAUCACCUAUCAACCACUGGAGGUCCAACCGUCUGGGAUUAUGCUGCAACUCCUGGCUUGGCGACAGAUUUUAUUAGCAGCAGUGGUGUAAUUGGAAAAUCAGCCAGAAACUUGUUUCAAACCGGGAUGAAGAAGUUAUGGCAAGAUAGAAAUGAAGAUAGUCAAUCUACAGAUCUUUCAUCUACAAAUACUAUCCCUGCCUCUACUUCCCCUUUCGUGUCGUUUUCUGUUUCCCCUUCUAUUUCAGCAUCUUCAUCUGUAACUCUUUGUAGCUCUGUUACAACCUCUCUUCCAGUUAGUAGCGCUGUUUCAACAUUCAUUCCUAUACGCAAAGAUCUUCAUUUUAAUACGAUUUCCGCGACUUUCGAAUCUUCCUUCCUCUUUGCUGCUACAAAUACCAAUACAAAUGUCGUCACUGAUUCUUUUAGCACUAAUCCCACUCUGGCCUCUUCUAGUAGAUGUACCUCUAUCGGCAAUUCUUCAUCUGUUUCAACCUCUUCUUCCUCUUCUUCAAGCUCCUUCGUCGCUACAACAUCUGUGUCUACCAUAUCUAAAACGACUGCUCCAUCUGUCCCUACAGCAACUUUUAGCAAAGGAACUGUUGUAGCAUUGGCCAACGAGAAUGGUGUAGCGUGUGGUUUUGGAUGUGUCUCAGGAAUGUCGAAGGUGCAUAAUCGGCCCGUGACUCCCGGCUACCUAUCUGUCUUUUUUACUAGUGUGGUACCGGGGAAAACAGUUGCUCCACCAUUUCCUGGUCCAUUCGACGAAGAUGUCGUAAGACCUGGCGAGUCUUACAUUUCGCCAGUUGACAGAAUGUUUGUUGCUGGACCAGAUGAUUUUACUCACAAUAUAUAACUACGUAAAUCUUCCGCAAUUUUUUUCUUUGUGGAUUUUAUUAUUUUCGUAAAGAAACUUCCUUGUAUAUGUAUAUUAUAGUAAAUUUUCUAUUUUUGUGCCUGAUCUUAAAGUGGAAAUAUUUUUUUUAAUAUUGUAUUAUAAAAAGAACAGAUUUUAUAUUAUGCGCGUCGUAUCACGUAAGAAGUCCAAAUAAAAAAUUUCCGAGUCGUGAAA